UUACUUCUUAGGGACGGAGGAGCCCGCCCCACAGCCCCGGUCGAGCUGUGGCUUCCCGGGCCCCACACGAUGGGUCAUGGGGCCGGCCCGAUGAGCUCACUUCCUCCGCAUCCUGUAGCAUCUCCUCGCCCCACGCUCAGAAAAGGGAAAUGCUGGCCUUGCCAGCAGCUCUGUGUCCUGCGCCCAGAGCUCCAGGCCCAUUUCCUGUCCGAGGGGCCUGGGGUGGGCGCCGGAGGAGGGAGAGCAGCAUAGUACCUCAGUGGGACCCAUACGUGCUGAUUGUCACCUGGUACCUCCCGAGGGGGGGGAGGGUGUGACAGAACCCCAUUCCCCACCAGUGCCAAGGAUUGCCCCAGAGAAGGUUCCUUUCCUUGGAGGAAUUUAAGAAGGACCCCUGCCAAGUUCUGUCCCCACCUCUCCCACCCUUGAAAGAGGCACCUCUGGAUCCUGGUCUUUGCUGCUUCUUCUCUCACCCAAGGCUUCCCCAAGAUGGCUCACCCGUUUUGCCGGGGAGAAUCCAUUUUCCUGGUUCUCUAUUUCUGACAUUUUGUCUGCUUCUAGCCCUGAAACUUGGGGGAGGAAUGAUUCGUGGUCCCACCAGGAUACAGAUGCCUGGCAGCCCUGCCCUACAGAGUGGGAGUGUGCCCAGCAACCCUGAUCUCUCACCUGAGCCCUCGGACCAACUGUGCCUGGGAGGCCAAGCAGAGGAGCGGUGACAGCAGGAGCUCCUCUGGGGGAAGGGAGGAAGGAGGAGAGACAAAGAGAGUGAGCCUGGCGCCGCCUCCCUGCGCCGCCCACCAUGUGUCAGUCUGAGGCGCGGCGAGGACCUGAGCUCCGCGCUGCGAAAUGGUUGUACUUUCCCCAGCUGGCCCUGAGGCGGAGGCUGGGACAGCUGAGCUGCAUGUCCAAACCCGCCCUGAAACUGCGCUCCUGGCCCCUGACAGUCCUCUACUACCUCCUGCCCUUUGGCGCCCUUAGGCCACUCAGCCGGGUGGGAUGGAAGCCUGUGAGCAGGGUGGCCCUGUACAAGUCGGUGCCCACGCGCUUGCUGUCGCGGGCCUGGGGCCGCCUCAACCAAGUGGAGCUGCCGCACUGGCUGCGCAGGCCCGUCUAUAGCCUGUACAUUUGGACCUUCGGGGUGAACAUGAAGGAGGCCGCCGUGGAGGACCUGCACCACUACCGCAACCUCAGCGAGUUCUUCCGGCGCAAGCUCAAGCCGCAGGCCCGGCCCGUCUGCGGCCUGCACAGUGUGAUCAGCCCAUCCGAUGGAAAGAUCCUCAACUUUGGGCAGGUGAAGAACUGCGAGGUGGAGCAGGUGAAGGGGGUCACCUACUCACUGGAGUCGUUCCUGGGCCCACGAAACUCCACAGAGGACCUGGCCUUCCCACCAGCCACCUCCCGUGGCUCCUUCAGGAGCCAGCUGGUCACACGGGAAGGGAACGAGCUCUACCACUGCGUCAUCUACUUAGCACCCGGAGACUACCACUGCUUCCACUCCCCCACUGACUGGACUGUCUCCCACCGGCGCCACUUCCCAGGCUCCCUGAUGUCUGUGAACCCUGGUAUGGCCCGCUGGAUCAAAGAGCUCUUCUGCCACAACGAGCGGGUAGUUCUGACAGGGGAUUGGAAACACGGCUUCUUCUCGCUGACGGCUGUGGGAGCCACCAACGUGGGCUCCAUCCGGAUCUACUUCGACCAGGACCUGCACACCAACAGCCCACGCUACAGCAAGGGCUCCUACAACGACUUCAGCUUCGUGACACACACCAACAAGGAGGGCAUCCCCAUGCGCAAGGGCGAGCACCUGGGCGAGUUCAACCUGGGCUCCACCAUCGUGCUCAUCUUUGAGGCCCCCAAGGACUUCAACUUCAAGCUGAAAGCGGGACAGAAAAUCCGAUUUGGGGAGGCUCUGGGCUCCCUCUAGAGCCUCUUUUGUGGCCAUUGCUGCUGAGGGAUCUUUUCCAGAGAAAUGUGAAGGUCUUUUCAAGGGGAACCUCUGAGGCUGUCUGGGGAGGGGACCAUUGGGUCUGGCCAGGCAGGACCUGGGUGACUUCUGUCCCCACUGUUGGGACAAAGUGGUCAGCACCCCGUCAUGCCCUCGCCCUACGUCGUCCCCUUUCCCACCUGAGAUAAGGUGCACACAAGGAUGAUGGAGUCCCUCUUGGAGACUUUCUCAUGUGCUGUAUAAACUGGAGACCCUGGCCAAGCAUUCACUUGGUCUCAAUUUCCAUUUUAAGUGGUAGUAAAGUACCUUCUUGCUGCUCUCUUAUCCCUGCUUUUUGGUCUCCCUUGCACAGGGUGAGGUGCCUACCAGCACUGACUGUGGGCCUGCACGGCCCGAGACCAGGGCCAUUGAGCCUUUAAUGCAACUGCUUUCUGUUUCCAGAUUUGCCCCACCCUGCUUGUUGGGAAAAGCCGUCUUUCCUCUUUGCACACAUGGCUGAACACCUCACCCGCAACCCUGCUAGCAGCUUCUGAGGGUGGCCAUCCAAUGGCUUGGUGCUUUGCAUGCCCAGAUGAGUGACCUUCCAGAGUGGACAAGUCCUCUUUCCAGUAGGCAGGGCCCAUUACCAAACCUCCUUCAGUGGUGUCCAAAGCAAGUGGGGCAGGCAGCUGGGGCAAGGGGGAGCUUGUUGUCUCACCCCAUAUCCAGACCUACAUAAAAUAGGGAAACAUUGCUGCUAUUGAUCAGGGGCUUGUGUUGGAGGCAGAGGAACCUUGGUGUAUUUGGUGGGGGGGAGAGGGGGAGGGUGUCAGUGCCUAGAAAACCUGUCCCCAGGUAACAGGUACGUAGCCUUGGGGAGCCACUGAGGGGGACAGAGCCAGGUUUCAUGUUUCCUGGGGACACUGUGAAUUUCUCCUGCAGGAGAAGCCAUUUGAACUUUUUCAACUGUAUCAGUAGCACAGUAUUUUUGUAUGAAAAGUGGGAGACUUCUGAACAGUGAUUCAUUUAAUUGCAACAUUUUGGAAUAAAAACUCAUUGCAGCUUUG